ACCCAAUAAGCAUCCUUAUCUCGUUAGAAUAAACACAUUAUAAAAACGCCAAAGCUCAAAAAAGCAAGGGCAAGAAUGUCUUUUCAGAAUCCUUACCCUGGGUCCUCACUAACUCAGCCCCGGUCGUGUACAGUCUUCAAUAACUAUAGUUUAAUAACUCUCAACUCAAGUCACAGCCUGUCACGUUAUCUCCGUCACAAACCAUCAUUGGACAUCCGCGUAUACUUAUCGUUGGAUCCUGGUCGAUCAGUGAUUUAACACAUAUCCAUCCGCCGUUGCUUUAUCAUCAACGACACAAAUUAGAAGAGGGGAAAAUGUAUUAUUGAGAGAGAGGGAGCUUGGGUGUGUGUUCGGAGGCAAAAGGAACGGUUUGGUCACUUCAGUUUUCCGAAAUUCUCCUUCCCCAUUUUAGAGAGAGAAAGUGUGAGAAGAAGAGAGAGAAAAUAAAAUCCCAAUCUGUGAAUGAAGCGAUUUGGUGUUGUUCAUGAUGAUGAGAACGAUGAUGCUCGUUAAUGGAUGAAUGAAUCUGAAACAGGCACCGUCUUUGUUUUUGUUUUUGUUUUCAUUUUUGUUUGUUGAUGGAAUUAACUGAGGAUUUCGAGGUUGCGAUCUUGGAGAAAUAAUAAUUGGACGAACGAUCGGAUGAUGCUGUUGUUGAUUUGAUUUUACUUUGGAUUCAGUUGAUUGAUUUAUCGUUUAAUUAAUCUGAAAAGAAAAAGAAGAGGAGAAGAAGAAGAGAUGAACGGUGGCGAUGGAGGAGAUGUUGCGGCAGCUCCCGAGGGUCCACCACCUCCGCUUGACUGGAAAUUCUCUCAGGUAUUUGGUGAACGCACCGCCGGUGAAGAAGUUCAGGAAGUUGAUAUCAUAUCGGCGAUUGAGUUUGAUAAAAGUGGUGACCAUCUUGCUACUGGUGAUCGUGGGGGAAGGGUAGUAUUAUUUGAGAGAACUGAUAAAAAGGAGCAUGGUGGAAAUAGAAAGGACUUAGAAAAGACUGAUUACCCAAUCAGCAGGCAUCCUGAAUUCCGCUACAAAACUGAGUUCCAGAGCCAUGAACCAGAGUUUGAUUAUUUAAAAAGUUUGGAGAUUGAAGAGAAAAUUAACAAAAUCAGAUGGUGCCAAACAUCCAAUGGUGCACUCUUUCUUCUGUCUUCUAAUGAUAAAACCAUUAAAUUCUGGAAGGUCCAAGAGAAGAAGAUCAAGAAAGUUGCUGAGAUGAGCAUGGAUACUUCCAAUUCCAAAGCCACUGGAAAUGGCAAUGUUGGUAGUUCAACUGUUACUUCCAACCCUAAGCUGCAUCUUGCAAAUGGUGGAUGCACUGACAAAGACAAAUCUUACACUAGUUUAAGCAAUGCAUUAUCAUUUCCUUCAGGGAGCAUUCCAUCACUUCGUUUACCUGUGGUAGUAACUAGCAAUGAGACCAACCUUGUUGCAAGAUGUAGAAGAGUGUAUGCCCAUGCACAUGACUAUCAUAUCAACUCUAUCUCAAAUAACAGUGAUGGUGAGACAUUUAUCUCUGCGGACGAUCUUCGGAUAAACCUUUGGAAUUUGGAAGUCAGCAAUCAGAGUUUCAACAUCGUGGAUGUCAAGCCUGCAAACAUGGAAGACCUCACCGAGGUGAUUACAUCGGCUGAGUUUCAUCCUAACCAUUGUCAUACACUAGCAUAUAGUAGUUCCAAAGGAUCUAUUCGCCUUAUUGACUUACGUCAGUCUGCUCUAUGCGAUAAACAUUCUAAAUUGUUUGAGGAACAUGAAGCACCUGGUUCAAGGUCAUUCUUCACUGAGAUAAUAGCCUCUAUUUCAGAUAUAAAAUUUGGAAGAGAUGGAAGAUAUAUUCUAAGUCGUGAUUACAUGACCCUUAAGUUAUGGGACAUCAACAUGGACUCUGGUCCAGUUUCAACAUUUCAGGUCCAUGAACAUUUAAGACCUAAGCUAUGUGAUUUAUAUGAAAACGAUUCUAUUUUCGAUAAAUUUGAAUGCUGUCUGAGUGGUGAUAGCAAGCGUGUAGCAACUGGUUCUUACAGCAACUUAUUCCGUGUGUUUGGGUGCAAUCCGGGCAGCACUGAAGCAACCACCCUUGAAGCUAGCAAGAACCCAAUGAGGAGACAAGUGCAGACCCCCUCAAGGCCUUCCAGAUCCCUAAGCAGCAUAACCCGGGCAGUUAGACGAGGAGGAGAGAGCAACACCCCGGGAGUGGGAGUUGAUGCAAACGGAAAUUCAUUUGACUUCACAACAAAGUUGCUCCAUCUGGCAUGGCAUCCAACUGAAAACUCAAUCGCCUGUGCUGCUGCAAACAGCUUGUACAUGUAUUACGCAUGA